AUAACGAGUGUGGAAUUUGGAAGCUUCACUUCUUUUGCUUCAUACCCUUUUCCUUUCUCUCUCUUCACUUAUUCUCAUUGUUUAGUUACCUACCAUGAAUCAAAGUCAAUGACAUCUUUCGCUCCAUUUUUUUAUUUGUUUCCAACGCAAAAUUUUUGAUUUUUUUGGGCUCAAUAGUCUCCCCCCAAAGGGUCUGUGAAAAAUUCUAUUUUUUGCUUGGAGUUGUGAAAAAAAAAAUCAUUUUUUAGAUCGAUUUGUUGGUGGGUCAUGCUGGGGUGUUGUUAAUUGUUGUGUGGAAACCUCGGGUGAUUUGUGUGGAAAAUGGGGGAUCAGGGUGUUUUAGGUGUUAAUGUUGGGAGGGAGGAAGAGGAGGAUGAGUUUUGUAGUUGUUGUGGAGAUGAAGAUGAGGAGGUGUGGAAAGAGACUGAGGAGCCUCUGGUGGAAGGAUUGAAGGAUGAUGAACUUGAUGAAUUUUCAGUGAAAAUGUUCUUCAAGGGGUUGUCAAUGGCUGGGGUUGAAAAUUCAAGUUCUGGGUUUUCUGGGAUUGGAGUGGUCAUGGAAAGGUCACCGGACCUUCCUGCUUUAAGGGUGCAGAAAAAGCUUGACUUUUAUGCAGAGGAGUCAGUGGUUGACUAUUUGGCACUCUUGGAUGGCUUGCUGGAAGCUGUGCAGAACAAGAUCCGCAGGGUUUAUGCUUUCACAGACUCUGAGUUGUUGCACGAUCAGAUAACAUUUGGGAAAAAAAUGGAGAUGCCUCUUUUGAUGGCACUGAGAGAAAGGAUUCUGGAACUUGCCAAUAAUUUUGAAGAUUUUGUUUUGAAGCAUAUACCCUCUACUGAUCUUGACCAGCCACUGCAUUUGGCCAAAGUAGCUAUUGGUCUUGUCACUUUCCCUGUAAAUGGUGAAAGACUGCUUAAGAACUGUUCUAUUUGCUGUGAUGACAAGCCAGUGCCAAUUAUGAUUAUGUUGAAAUGUUCACACACAUUCUGUUCACAUUGCUUGAGGGCCUAUGCUGAUGGUAAAGUUCAAUCUUGUCAGGUCCCUGUAAGAUGUCCUCAACCAGGAUGCAAGUAUUGCAUCUCUGUAAGUGAAUGCAGAUCUUUUCUUCCAUUCACCUCCUUUGAAUCACUGGAGAAAGCUGUUUCAGAAGCAAAUAUUGACCAUUCAGAUAGAAUUUAUUGUCCAUUUCCAAAUUGCUCUGUUCUCCUUGAUCCUCAUGAAUGUUUAUCAGCUAGGGCCAGUUCAUCUAGUCAGUCUGACAAUUCUUGUAUCGAGUGUCCUGUUUGUCAGAGGUUUAUCUGUGUAGACUGUAAGGUUCCUUGGCAUUCUUCUAUGAGCUGUGUAGAAUACCAGAAUCUGCCAGAGGAAGAGAGAGAUGCUUCUGACAUUACCUUGCAUCGUCUUGCUCAGAAUAAAAGGUGGAAGCGUUGUCAGCGGUGUCGUAGAAUGAUUGAGCUUACUCAAGGCUGUUACCACAUGACAUGCUGGUGUGGUCAUGAGUUCUGCUAUUCUUGUGGUGCCGAAUACCGAGACGGGCAACAGGCAUGCCAGUGUGCAUAUUGGGAUGAAGAUAACUCUGAAGACUCAGUGGCGCACUCUCUUCAAGAAUCAGAACAAUGGGCAUGGGAGACAUUCAAUUCUCUGUCCAUGAUUGUUGAUGCAUACUCUGACCAAGAGCGAUCGCAGCUUGCGCUAAUUCAAAGGUUCCUAGCUGGUGGUUUCAGUCUCAGUGACCACAAUCCUUACCAAUCUCCUCCACGCUGUACAGACUCCUAUGUAGACCCCAUGAAGGAUCUACAUCAACUUCCAUGGCUAGAGAGAUUUGUUUCUGUCAUAAGUGACAACUACUAUGAAGAUUACAUUCAGUGAAAAACUGUGAUAGAUCAUAGACUACUUCCUAAUAAGUUUCAUAAACUUUCAAUCUCAAACUAAGUUUUGAAAGGAUGCAGAAAGAGUUUGUGACUCUGUCCACUUUUUUUCAUCAAGAGCUGUAGCAACAUUUACAUCAUGGAAUUUCUUGUAUGUUCCCCUCUUGGAUACCUUUAACCUAAGCUCUAUCAAGGUGAAGAAUAUGUCACGAUGAUUCUCUUUAUAGAAAGGAAAAAAAAAAAAAAAACAAAGGAAAUUUGGUAGUGAAAACAAUUUGCUUGUGGCUGGGAAGAAUACCAUGUUAAUUGAAAGAAUUCUGGAUUUUUA